AUCCUCUGCUACGUCUCUCUCUCUCUCUCUCUUUUUCGCUGCUCCUCCCGCUCCCUCUCGCGCCGCGCCGUCCGCUUCCGGCCACGCCCACCGCGUCGCCGCGCGCGACUUCCGGUCCCAGAGUGCCCGAGGCCGAACCAUGGACCACAAUGACAGUGACUUGCAAGGCACAAACAGUUCCGGGACUUUGGGGGGUCUGGAUGUCCGUCGGCGUAUUCCUAUAAAGCUGAUCUCCAAACAGAACAUCAAGGCCAAACCGACACCGCCUCGCCCUACAAGAAAUAUGAACAGGGUCCCUUCAAAGGCUGGAGAUGAAGAGUUUGAUUACAACGAUGAAGAACGAUAUGAGUGCAAAGGUGCUGACGUGUUUAGCAACCAGCGAAGAUUCCCUGGGCUCCUCUUCUGGGACUUCAAGCUAAAUCUACUUGGAGAGAAGGAUGACACUCCAGUUCAUUUCUGUGACAAAUGUGGGUUACCCAUUAAAAUGUACGGGCGCAUGAUACCCUGCAAACACGUUUUCUGCUACGAGUGUGCGCUCUUACACGAGAAGAAAGCGGACAAGAUGUGUCCGGGCUGCAACGAGCCGGUGCAGCGAAUUGAGCAGUGCCUUCGUGGCUCUCUGUUCAUGUGCAGCAUCGUGCAGGGCUGCAAGAGAACCUACCUAUCUCAGAGGGACCUCCAGGCUCACAUCAACCACCGGCACAUGAGAGCCGGCAAGCCGGUGGCGCGUCCUCCUCUCGAGCCCGUCCACACUCCUAUUGCUCCUCCUCCAGCGGAAAUCCCGGAGCGGUUCAUCCUGCCGCCCGAGAAGCAUCACCUGAGCCACCUCCCGCCGAAGCAGCACCUCCUGAUGCCGCCCCCGCCGCCGCUGCAGCAUGUGUCCCACGAGCAUUACAACCAGCCCCACGAGGACAUCCGGGCCUCCCCCGCCGAGAUGUCCAUGGUGCCGCCUCCCCCUCGCCCCGUCAACCAGGACACCUUCCGCAUCUCCACCCGGAAGCACAGCAACCUCAUCACCGUCCCUAUCCAGGACGAUUCGAGCUCCGGCACUCGCGAGCCGCCCCCGCCGGGCCCAGGCCCAGCUCACCACCACCCCGAAUAUCAGGGCCAGCCCGUGGUGUCCCACCCACACCAUAUCAUGCCCCCCCAGCAGCACUACGCCCCGCCCCCUCCUCCCCCGCCCCCCAUCAACCACCCGAUGCAGCACCCUCCCCAGGGGGCAGGUACCCCCCACCUGGUUUACAGCCAAGCCCCGCCCCCUCCCAUGACCUCGGCUCCUCCCCCUAUCACCCCGCCUCCUGGACACAUCAUUGCGCAGCUUCCUCCUUACAUGAACCACCCUCCCCCUGGGCCGCCGCCGCCCCAGCACGGCGGGCCCCCCGUCAACGUCAAUGCACCCCCUCCUCAUCAUUACAACCCGAACGCUCUGCAGAAGUUCAGCGAAGACCAAGGAACUCUCAGCCCACCGUUCACUCAGCCCGGGGGGAUGAGCCCAGGCAUAUGGCCGGCUCCGAGGGGGCCGCCCCCGCCCCCGCGAAUGCAAGGCCCGCCUUCUCAAGCGCCACUUCCGGGACCCCACCACCCCGACCAAGCCAGAUACAGGCCAUACUAUCAAUGAUAGUCGUUAACGAUUGGAACUAAAACACGAUCGAAGGAUAACGUGUUCUAAGCAGAAGCCUUUUCGUAAAUCCGACUGUUUAAGGAGCUCUCUUUUCUGUUUUUUGCUUUGUUUCUUGAAGAAGAAAAAAAAAAAGGUAAUUUCCGACUGUAAAGCUCUCGGGGGGAUUUAAAGCUUAAAUAUUUUUGUUUUUUAAAAAAGAAAACUUUGGUUAUAGGAUUCUUGACACCUGGUACCCUGUAAGCUAAGUGGCUGUGUAGCAGACAGCACCGUUUUAAAAAGAUUUUUGUAUCCCUAGUCUGACUGGCUUGUCCCAGAGGUUAUAAAACGUUUAUAAAGGCCUCCCGACAACCACACUUACUGUACCACUUUAAAGUAUUUUUGGUUAAAUCUGGAUAGUUUCGUUGUGAUACUUUUUUUGUGUGUCAACCCGUGUAUAAUUAAAUUUAUUGUCCAAAA